CGGAAGUUAUCAUUAAAAUGUACGUUGUAUUUAUUUUGAAAACAUAGCAAUAUGGCGUUCGUACAUUAUUUGUUCUUAAAAGAUAUCACACAUAUCUUUGCAGGACAGUCACAAGCAACCCAGGUCGUGAAUGUGUGGGGUGCAAAUCCAAUGAAAUUUGGUUUUACAUUUGAGAUGACGUUUCUUAGUGUUUUCCCUGAUACCCUUCUUAAAAUAAACUAUAUCGAUUAUCCCAAAGGCAAGCACAUCGCAUCUUCCUUGGAAAAACACUUGAGGCAAAAUUCCAGAGCUACCCACAGCCUUGUUGAAAUAGCUGAUCUGAAGGAUUACGACUACUUUGUGAUUGAGUUAGAAGCUAAUGCUCCUUUCGACUAUUUUGCUUACACUACCAAUCGCGAGAUUUACUACGACAGUUUCAGGUCUCUGCCAGACACCUACUGGAAUAAAUUUUAUAGCAUGAUCGUCACGAAUCUCCAGUAA